GCAUGUUGUCACCAUUUUAGAUUGAUAAAACAUCUACGUAAAAGUGUAUAGUGUUUAUUAUGGACAGGAUAAUCAAAGGAAUUAUGAAAUAUAGAAAUUGCCACAGGGAAGAAAUGGUGAAACAGUUUAAAAAAGUUCGAGAUCAUCCCGAAUAAGAAAUGCUGGCAACCUUAUACCUCAUUCUCAGCAUUUUGUGGACGAGUUAACAAUGUGUGAACCGGCGGCUUUGGAACUUGGUUGUGUGAUAAAUGACAUAAGACACAUUAUAGUUUGCGGCCAUAGCGACUGCAAAGCCAUGAAUUUACUAUAUGCUUUGCGUGACGAGGAAUUCGCAUCGAAAGUCAACAGGAGGAUAUCACCGUUAAGAGCAUGGUUGUGUGCACAUGCUAGCAAUAGUUUAGCGAAAUUUCAACAGCUCGAGAUUGCUGGCUUUCGUGAGCCGAUACUUUUUCAAGCUGAAACGCCUUUACGAAAGUUUGUGGCCUAUAUCGAUCCUGAAAAUAAAUUUGCUAUAGAGGAUAAAUUAUCUCAAGUUGAUAAAUACACUGCAGCAACUACAAAACAUAGCUUCUUAUGGAUUUUUAAAAAAACGGCUUGAAAGGCACGAUUUGCAUAUCCACGCGUUAUGGUUUGAUAUUUAUACCGGCGAUAUUUAUUACUUUAGUAGAGCGAAUAAAAGAUUCGUAGAGAUAAACGAAUCGACCGAGGCGUCUUUACUCGCAGAAAUUAAGAAAUAUUAUUCUUAAAUUGCCUAGUAGCCGUCUUAAAGUAGUCUUUUAUGUAGAUAGGAAAUGAUUUCAUGGUUGAGACUGAAUAACCGGACAAAUCAUUGAAUCUCUCAAGAACGUCCAAACGUAGAGUGCGAGUUAGAUACUCGUUCAAUUGAAGACCAUGUAAUGUACCUGAAUGUGAAAGUAGUGAAUUUUCUACCUUCGUUUUUAUUAAGAUUCAUAUUACAAACUUGUUUGCACAAAAUAGACCGCUAUGACAAUAUUAGAGGAAUUUAUAAUAAGAAUAUUUAACAUAGAUUUAUUUCUAAUAAUAUGCAAUGUAUAGAAACAUGUUUCAUUGCAUAUUAUUAAUGUACAAGAGGAUCUUUCACACAGCAUGUGUUCGUUAAUGUGUAAGGUUGCAGAGAAAUUAUUUAUUUAUUGAUGGUAUAUAUAUUCUAUAAAAAUGUGCAGAAUGUCAAACGGAAUUUUAUUUUUGGUACUACAUAUAUAAAAAAAUAUAAUAAAAAAAUAAUGUACUGUUAUACGAUGCAUACAAAGUUUAUUCAGAGGAUAUUUAUAACAAUUUAUAUAAUUGUAAAUAUUUCUAUAAUUUAUAUAAUUAUACCAUAUAUUCACUGUGAUAAAUAUAUACGGAAAAUAUAUUUAUUGUUUUUGGAAUCACCUGUUUGAUUCAUUUAACGAUCCACUUGGCUACCCGCCGAUAUACUUUGCGCCUGAAUCGCGUAAAAUUGAAGCCGAGGAAUAAGACGUUGGAGGACGUACCGUACUGACGGAUGGAUGGUUUCGUGGCCAGGCGAACUAGAGCAUGCCACUCCCGAAAGAGAAAGCAAAACAACGAACCAAGGUGUAGAAUUAGGAUGAUGAUAAAUGUGGUAUCAGAAGUUCGAGUUAAUUUAUUGACGCAACAUAGAUAUAAUUCACACCUACCGUAAAAUAUUUCAAAAUCAUUGAAAUCAUUGAAUCACAUAAACAAUUAAUAAU